AUGAUCAAAUUAUUAAGAUUGAUUGAUAAUCCAACGCAGCUAAUAACGGUCUAUCUGGAAGUAGAAAUCGAGAUGCAAGUAUUUGCGUCUACUCGUUUAAUCUCUCCUCCAAAGAAUCAAGACAAAGACAAAGAAAAACAACCGCAAGCGGGUCAAGUCAAAUCGAUCGAUCGAGAGAGAAAGGAAGAAAGACGCCAUCCCUCACAGCCAGUCAUUCAAGCACACUACUAUUCCAGUAACCCUGUAGGACAAGUACCACGUCAUGCCGGGAGCUGUGGAGGCGCAGCAGCACACAUGUUCGUAACUUUCUCUCCCUUCUUGUUCAUCUUCUCGCGAGAGCGAGGCAGCAAAAGCAGAGCCCCACUAAGUACAUUCUUAGAAAGAAAAGAAACACAAUAUAUCUUAUUUUAUUUUUCUCAUGUUACUAACCCACUAAGGAAGGCAGAGCGACGUGCCGGUCGGGCCAUGAUCGAUCUCCCGCCCAUUCCAGUCCAGCCUUUUCCAAUAUUUCCUACUCUUUCCCCUUCCCUUCCCGCCCGUCCCGGGCAGCGAACGGCACACUCACCUACCAAAAAGGAAAAGUUAAUAAACAGACAGACAGACAGACAAACAAGGGAGGCCCAGAAUUUAGCACAUAGCAAGCACAUGGUAACACAAAAAACCAAGAUACUACGUAGGACGUGCCUCUAUCUCCUAAUGCCUAAGUCCGAUCUCCGAGCGGAUAACUCCGGUUUGGUUUGGGGUUUUUGGGUUUCACUUCGGUUUAAUGCUUGUUUGUUCAACCUACUUACCUCAUACCCUUCUCUCCUCAGUUCCUCUCCAUACAAUCUAGAAUGCUUACUUUCCCUUCAUGGAAGAAAACCGCGGGCGUAUCGCCGGGAAUUUUUGAUCCUUCGUUUAGAGCAAGUAAUUACCAUGCGAAAUGGCCCCAAGGCUGCUGUAUGCACAAUGAACAAAUCUCGCAAACCCGCGACUAAACUAAAUAGACCAGAUAGAGACGAGAGGGCCACUAAACGUGCCUACUGGUUUAGUGUCAAGGGGCCAAGCGCAACCCCCUUCAAUCCACUGCCCCCAGGGUUGCGCAUACGAGCCGACCAAUCAGCGAGCAUAGCCAUCGGCGGGAGGCGAAAGCCUCCCCGUCCACGGUCUGGGUUGGCAGUUACCCACUUUGGGACCGGAGACAUGCGCGGGGAUUUCGGGAUGGGUGGAGUUGCCGACAAAAGAAAAGAAAAGGAAAUUGAACAAUUGCUUUCCCAAUAA